UAUCUCAUUCUCUCCCAGUUAUUCAAGAGUCAUGCAGCUGUAGGUGAAUAUAUUUGCUCUGAGUAAAAACAUGAAAGUGCGCAGUGACAUUGCAUGACGAUGUUCAAUCGUUUACUCACUACAGCGAGUCGAAAUUAGCCUACUCAGCAAACCCGGGUACCUGUCAUCAUCGGUGUACAAAGUCAAAGUCUUGACGUUGACGGUGGUAGAAAAGGAUUUUCGCCUCUAAUGAUUAAGGUCAUUAACAACUAUCCAGGUGCUGUGAUGGUGAAGGAUAGGCCCAUCAUGAAGGGACGGGUAACAGUGUACUCAGUGCCAGGCUGUCCACACUGCACACAGGCCAAAGCUACUCUGCGAACACUUGGUGUGCCUGUGUGUGAGGUGGAUUUGAACAAGCAUGGAGAAAUAAGGGCACGAGUGAAUGAGCUCACAGGUCACUGCUCCGUACCUCAGAUAUUCUUCAAUAACCUUUAUGUUGGAAACAACGAGGACCUCCAGAACCUGAAUCCUGAGAGGCUGAAACGUCUUGUACUGUCGGUAAGAGAGGAACCUGUGCCGCUGGACGCUCCACCUGUGCCUGUGGAAGAUAGCACUGAGGCUGAUGGAGCGUGGGAGCUCUCGGAGGCACUGAGGAAUCUGAUCCUGAAACUCUACUCUGAUCACCUCUCAGAAGAUGGCAAGACAGUUGAUUAUGAGGCCAUGUCCCGGAGCCUGUACUUCGAGCGGUACUGUGAUCUAGCUGUCCAGCUUCAGCGCGUGGAUCUGCUGUCAUUGAGUCGAGAAGAGAAACUGGCCUUCUUCAUCAACAUCUACAAUGCCCUCGUCAUCCACGGGAACCUGCGUCUGGGCUUCCCCAAAAACAUAUGGCAAAGGUAUCGGUUCUUCAACUAUGUGAGCUACCUCAUUGGUGGUGAGGUGUUCACGCUGCAAGAUAUUGAAAACGGAGUGCUUCGAGGAAAUCGAAAAGGUGUGGCACAAAUCAUGAAGCCAUUUUCCAAGAACGACCCUCGACUGCAGGUAGCGCUUCCUGACGUUGAGCCUCUCAUUCAUUUCGCACUGAACUGUGGUGCAAAGAGCUGCCCUCCAAUUAAGACAUACACACCACAGGACAUUGAUGGUCAGUUGCGUACCGCAGCAAAAGCGUUCUUGGAGGAUGACGACAGUUGCGCGAUUGACAGCGUGGGGCGAGAGGUGAAACUCAGCCAGAUCUUUAAGUGGUACAAGGAAGACUUUGGAGGCACUGAUGAGAAGCUGCUGAACUGGGUGUUUGAUCAUAUGGGAUCGUCAGAGAAGAAGAGGAAUCUACAGUCUCUGCUGUCAGAAGGAAAGGUCAAAGUGAGCUAUCUGCCCUAUGACUGGUCUAUAAACAGCACAAACUGAACUAAAUCACAUUCUCAUGCAUAUGAUCACUCUAUCACUGACUCGAUGUGGGCUUCUGUCGAACACAUGCAGCGGAGAUGAGAGAUUCAGAACAAAACUGUAACCCUGAAAAUGAAAUCUAUGCAUUUAGAUUCCCUUUACCUUGUUCCUUCACCUCCCAAAGGGCAAUGUGUUACUGUAGCCGAAUAUUUCUGACAGCAUUUUUUUACCUAUAAUCUUCUAAAUUGUAUUGCGACAUUUUGCACUUGAUUAUUAUGCAGUUAAAUGUUUUAUAUAUUCUCCUACAAGGAUGUCUUUUUAAACAAAUAUAAUUUAAUUUAAUUAUCUACAUUAUCAUAUGCAUUGGUAAAUAUUUCUUUCGGUACAUAUUUAAUUUAGACUUUCUAGCAAGACUGAAAAGUAAAAAAUACUCAUGAAUCAUUAUGAAACACAAGAACGUUGCACAGACUGAGCAAUGGUGCAUAUUUCUUAUAAUAUUUUUUUUACUAAAUUACCUCAAGGAAUAAUAGGAUUUAAUCAUUUUUCUAUAUGUGCACCAAUUAGCAAUACACACUAAGAAACAGUAAUAAUUACCUACAUUUAACUAUUUAAAUAUAUGAAACAUUAGCACAUAUAUUUGUUUUCAGUUGAUGGCACAUAUUAGGAGAUGCUAUUAAAAUGUCUAUAAAUAUAUACAUAAAUGAAAUAUCUGUCUAUUCACAAUUUUACCCACAAAAGAAAAAAUUUUUGUCUUCAUUUACUCAUCCAUAUUUGUCAAACCAUAUUUUCUUUUCUUCUAUGAAAAUAAAAGGGAAAGUGAAUGGCUAUUUAAUUUAUAUUCCACCAUAAAGGGGAAAAAAAAACGUCAUAAAAGUGUUCAAUUUGCCAUGUAAGCUAUAAUCCAAGUCUUCAAAAAGCCAUAUUUGUAUAUCAGAUAAAUUAGAUUAAAAAAAUGAUUGACUGAAAUUUUUAAGUUACUGCAUGUUGAGUGCUGUUUUAUAUCUGGACAUGUUGUUUCCUGAAAGAUCUGAAGGGAAAUGCAUAGGACAUGGAAGAUUUUGAGGCAUGGAUUAGUUUGUGUAUCUGUCAUGCUGUUUGUUUUACUUUGACUCUUUGACUCUGUCUGAAUGAUGGAUGUAUUCAGCAGAGAACCGAGCAGCACACAUAUCAGUUUAUCAGAAUGAAACCAGCCAGUAGCAUUGAGUACUUUUUGAAAUGCAUGAUGUGUUAUUAGAUAAAUUAUCGAAAGGGCAUCAGGGCUGAUGGAAUCUCAUAAAUGGUUUCUUGUAAACAGGGCCUGUUUCGUAUGAUGUGAUCCAGUGCCUGAUCUGAUCAAGCAGUUAACAAGAAUCCCCAUAAUAUUUUUUUUUUUAUUGAAAAUGAGAUUCAGACUGAAACUUUCUAAAAGUCGAUUCCCCAUCCGUCUUUCUUAAGGCAGUGAAAAUCCUCAUGAACUUGGAAGCCUUUUUUGAAUCCGCAAGCAACAUGACAACACGGAAAAAUGCUGUUUUAAUAGAUGUUGAUUUACUGUGAUGCACUAAAAGGCAUGUCAUUUAUCCAUAAUGCAUGUGAUACUAUAGAAUAGUAUUGCAAGGGCUGAUACUAUCAGAAGCACGAGUAAAAUGAGGUUUGGUACCUCCUGUUUCAGCCAGUGCCUUUUCACCUUUGCAUGAGACUAUUAUUCUCAUAUUACACCACUUGACCGCACAUCCCAUUGCUUCAGGAAAUCAGUUCGUUUGAAACUUUAAUCUGCAAGCAGAGAGAGAUUGGAGAAUUACCUCAUCCUUAUCUCGUUCACUGCAAGGACGGAUAUCAAUGCAAUGCAAUUACCCUGAACAAAAUGUCAUGACUCAUUCGUAUGCAUGGAAAUUAUUUGAAACUAGAGCAAUACUGCAUUUUAUAAAUGAAUUACGAUAAAAUAAAGUAUAUUCAACAGACA